GUAUUAGAGUCUUGUAGGGUGGGAAAAGUUGAAAGGGGAAAAUUUAUGCUGUAGGUUGGCAACACUGGAGGCUUAGCGACGUUCUCCUACUGCAGAGUGGAGAACUGCAGACUGCAAAGUGCAGCCUUCUUUCCCUCUAGAGUCGCAUACGCUUUCCUAGUAAGCAAAAUACGCUAUUUAUCGUUUUCCUCUUCGUUUUACUGCCCGGGAUGAAUUCUGCAACGGUCCUCCUCUUCUUCGCCCUCUUCCUCGGCGUCCUGGGCCAUCCGGGCGAGACUUGCACCGCCGAGUGUCUCAGGAGGCUGUCGGUACAUUCGGAAAAGCUUGGAAUAAGGGAGAGCUGCGCAAGAGGUUGUCGCUUUUAUGUGAUAGCGGAGCAGAUCGCCGAAGGCCAAGCGGACGGAAGGCCAUUCCGGGGCGAAGCUUGUAAAGCCAUGUGCCAGGAGUCAUACGGGGGCUAUGGGUUCGAUGUGAUGUGGUGCAAGACAGGCUGCGAGUCUAAUACUCAGAAGCCGUCGGUGGCGGCGUUUUCUUGGUCAUGGUUCAUCGAUGGCAACUCAAUGCAGAUCCUCCAGGCCGAUGUUCCUGAGCCAGACGACGUGCUCACAGAUCCGAGCCUACGUUCGCAGAUUGCCAGGGUUGAGACGCUCCGCAUACCAGAGAUAAGGUUAAGAACGAUGCCUGUCGUAACAGAGAAAGCGGGCGCAGCUGGACUCUGCGGAGGCGGGACGGUGCGCGGCGUGCCGUACUGCCUCGUAUGGUCACUUCUACUUUUGUUGACGCUGCUCGGGCUCUGGUCAUGCCUCAGCCUUGAGGAGACGAGGGAGGAGGUUUUGCGGACGAAGGACGACCGGGCGCCACUCUUGCCCGAGAAACACCCGAUCGUCUAACUCAAACCGGUUUUUUACGCACAAAAAAACAUCGAGCAGUAUUAUCUCAUGAGUGUAUCAAUAAGUCAACGGGCAGACCGCUAAGGAAAUCAAGAUCUCCUGCAGACGGCGUUCAGCAUACUGGGGGGGGGGGCUUUUUUAUAAUAUAAUAUUUAUUUAUAGUUUUUCUGUGAUUUCGUUUCAAGCGGGUGAGGCAAUUGUCUCAGCUUGUUAAAAAUAGUGAUUUUUUUAAAGUAUUAUUUUUAAUUUUUAUCUAUUUGGAAAAAAAAGUUUGUGGGGGGAGCGUUUUCUAGCGUGCACUUUUUUUUCUCUCGCUUGGUGUGAUAUCAGAAGGUCUCGGAAGACAGCUUUCAAACGUAUGACAGUGACGACUUUCCA